CCCCUCCUCCCCCCACUCGGCCCGGCCAUGGCCUGCGGGGCCACUUUGAAACGGACUCUGGAUUUCGACCCGCUGCUGAGCCCGGCCUCGCCGAAGCGGCGGCGCUGCGCCCCAUUGUCCGCCUCGGCGGCGGCGGCCUCGUCCUCCUCCGCCUCCGCGGCCUCCUUCGCCUCGUCCCCGCAGAAGUACCUGCGCAUGGAGCCCUCGCCUUUCGGGGAAGUGUCCACUCGCCUCACCACAGAACAAAUUCUGUACAAUAUAAAACAGGAGUACAAACGCAUGCAGAAGAGGAGACACUUAGAAAACUUUCAGCAGACAGAUCCCUGUUGUUCUACUGAUGCACAGUCACAAGCAUUUCUCCUUACUGGACCAGCUUUGCCAGGUACUUCAUCUGCAGCAGCAUCACCACUGAAAAAAGAACAGCCCCUCUUUACUCUCAGACAAGUUGGAAUGAUCUGUGAACGCUUACUUAAAGAACGCGAAGAGAAAAUUCGUGAAGAGUAUGAAGAAAUCCUGACCACAAAACUUGCAGAACAGUAUGACGCAUUUGUGAAGUUCACGCAUGACCAGAUCAUGCGACGAUAUGGAGAACAGCCUGCAAGUUAUGUUUCAUGAAUCAUGUUUUCUGCAUACGUGGGCAGCCCUGAAACCCUGUUCUAUUGUUGCAAGCUGUACUUUAAAGACUUGCAACAAUGCCAUAUUCCCCUUCUCCCCACAUACACUGGUUACUUCAAGCUUUUGUCAGUGGCAACCACUCUUAUGCAGCAACUGGUUUUGGAGUGCUCCCUGAUGUCAGUACCACCUGGAUGUGGACCUUUGCUACCUGUUAAUACCAGUGGUCUCAUUUGCUGUAUCAUUACAAUUUGGCUUAUGUUAAUAAGUUUGAAAAGUAAAAGGAUUAAAGCUGGUGUACUAGAACUCUGCCCUUCACUGGUUGUGUAAAUAAAAGUGUAGAAUGACACUUCUGACUGAAGUUAGUGUGGUUUUCAUAACUGUGCACGGCAAAGCUGUAUUCACAGUUAAAUGCGAAUGUAAUUCUUGGACAACUUUUAAGAAAAUAGCCCACAGUACUGCCUGUGAAAUAGUGAAGGAGGGCGUUUCUGUAUUCCAUGACUUUUUGGGGGGCUAAGAAUGGGUUUAUAUAAUUUCUCAUUUUUGUAGUUUUUAUUUAUUCUAUCAGUCUUUAACAAAUGUUUAUUGCUGCAAUUUUUCAGUGUAUCAUUGUUUUACUGCCCUUGUAGUACUGGAAUUUAGUUGAAAGAAUAAAACAUUUACUUCUAA